CAGAAUCCUCACGCGGUCCUACUAGAGUCUAACUUCUAAUAAGUCUAACUAACUAAUCCCCCCACCCCCUCCUCCCUAUGCGGCGUCGGUCACCGAUCCCGGCUUGACACGUCAAAUUAAAAUAUUGAAAAUUAUAGAAAAACCUCUCUCUCUCUCUCUCUCUGCGAAUUAUAAUUAGUAAAAAACGAAAAUCAGAAUUUGAAUUCCUGGAAAAGAAAUUCAAUACAAUAUUCUGCUGCGGAAUCUGAAAUCCUAGUCCUGACUCCUGAGUGAGUGACGAAGAAUAAGAAGAAGAAAUGAGCGAUCAAGUCACUUAGUUAGGUCUCUCUCUCACGCUGAUCUGAUCUCGCGGAAUCCACCUCAAAAAACGAUUCCGCGAGAGAGAGAGAUUAUAAGAACCGAAACGAUGUCGUCUUCGUCGAAGGUAAUAUACGAAGGAUGGAUGGUCCGAUACGGUCGGAGAAAGAUCGGACGGUCUUUCAUCCACAUGCGCUAUUUCGUGCUCGAGUCUCGCUUGCUCGCUUACUACAAGCGAAAGCCCCAAGACAAUCAGGUUCCAAUUAAGACUAUGGUAAUUGAUGGAAACUGUAGAGUGGAGGAUCGAGGGUUGAAGACUCACCAUGGGCAUAUGGUUUACGUUUUGUGUGUUUACAACAAGAAAGAGAAGCACCAUCGAAUUACGAUGGCAGCAUUCAAUAUCCAGGAGGCAUUACUCUGGAAGGAAAAGAUUGAGCUUGCCAUUGAUCAGCAUCAGGGAUCACAAGUUGCAAACGGUAACAAAUAUGUUUCUUUUGAAUAUAAACCUGGGAUGGAUAAUGGGAGGACUGCUUCAUCAUCUGACCGCGAAAGUCAGUUCAGUGCACAAGAAGAUGAAGAUGAUGCUAAUCCAAAUUUGUCUCGGAGAACAACGAUUGGAAAUGGUCUUCCGGAUUCAGUGUUUGACUGGACGUGUGAAUUAGACUCGGAAUUAUCGAACCAUAAUACUAACAAUCAAGCAUUUUCUAGAAAGCAUUGGCGACUUCUUCAAUGCCAAAACGGACUUCGCAUUUUUGAAGAACUUCUGGAAGUUGAUUACCUUCCACGAAGCUGUAGUAGAGCAAUGAAGGCUGUUGGUGUUGUGGAGGCUACAUGUGAAGAAAUAUUUGAACUUGUUAUGAGCAUGGAUGGGACACGGUUUGAGUGGGAUUGCAGUUUCCAGUAUGGUAGUUUAGUUGAGGAGGUAGAUGGACAUACGGCAUUACUUUAUCACAGACUUCAGUUGGACUGGUUUCCGAUGUUUGUGUGGCCUCGUGAUCUUUGUUAUGUGCGAUAUUGGCGCCGAAAUGAUGAUGGAAGUUAUGUUGUCUUAUUUCGUUCUAGGGAGCAUGAGAACUGUGGUCCACAGCCAGGAUAUGUACGGGCACAUAUUGAGAGUGGAGGAUACAACAUUUCGCCUUUAAAACCUCGAAAUGGGAGACCAAGGGCACAGGUACAGCAUCUUAUGCAGAUUGAUCUGAAAGGAUGGGGUGUAGGUUAUGUAUCAUCAUUUCAGCAACACUGUCUCCUUCAAAUGUUAAAUAGUGUCGCUGGACUGCGUGAAUGGUUUGCUCAGACAGAUGAGAGGAAUGCUGCUCCAAGAAUCCCUGUUAUGGUUAAUAUGACAUCAGCUUCUGUAUCCUCAAAGAAGGGUGGGAAGCUGCAUGAAUCUUCCCUUCAUCCUGGUGCACCUACUGAUCAAAUAAAUGGUGUAAACAGAAAUUCAGUGAUGAUGGAUGAAUACUCUGAUGACGAUGAGGAAUUUCAAAUAGCUGAGGCUGAACAAGAGUCAGACACACCUGGGCUUGAGAGUGAUAUCAAGAGAACAGCCUUGGAAGAAGAACCAGUGGACCAAAUUGAUUUGUCCUGUUUCUCGGGAAACCUCCGGCGUGAUGAUCGUGAUAAAGCUCGUGAUUGCUGGACGAUUUCAGAUGCAAACAACUUUAGAGUCCGAAGCAAGCAUUUUUGUUAUGAUAAAACAAAGAUUCCUGCAGGAAAACAUCUAAUGGAUCUUGUAGCUGUAGAUUGGUUCAAGGACACAAAAAGAAUCGACCAUGUUGCUAGGCGUCAAGGAUGUGCAGCACAAGUUGCCUUGGAAAAAGGGCUUUUCUCUUUCAUUGUAAAUUUGCAAGUACCUGCUUCAACACACUAUAGUAUGGUAUUUUAUUUUGUGACAAAGGAGUUGGUUCCUGGAUCACUCUUGCAAAGAUUUGUUGAUGGUGAUGAUGAAUUCCGUAAUAGUAGGCUGAAGCUCAUCCCAUCAGUUCCCAAGGGCUCAUGGAUUGUGCGGCAGAGUGUUGGGAGCACCCCCUGUCUAUUGGGAAAAGCAGUUGAUUGUAACUAUAUCCGUGGUCCUAAGUACUUGGAAAUUGAUGUUGACAUUGGUUCUUCAACUGUUGCCAAUGGAGUUUUGGGUCUUGUAGUUGGUGUAAUUACAACAUUGGUGGUAGACAUGGCUUUUCUUGUACAGGCAAAUACUACUGAUGAAUUGCCGGAGCGGCUUAUUGGUGCUGUCCGUGUUUCUCAUAUAGAGCUUUCAUCUGCUAUAGUCCCCAAGCUGGAUCUAGAUCCAUCAUGACGACCCAAGAAUAGAGAAGAUUGACCUGUAUUGAAUUUUUCAAAAUCAUUUGUUCAGAUAUAAAAAUGUAUUUCAUUUCCCAUUAGUUGCCUUAUUGUGAUUAGCAGUGUAUGUUUGUCAACGUUUUCCAAUUGAUUUUUGUAUAAAAUAGUAAAAACAGAAGCAGGGUUUUUUGUACGUACGGUAUUAAAUAAGAUUACAGGAUGGGGUAAAUUGGUUUGUCA